AUGUUAUUUAUCUUUAUUUUAUGUAUUUUGCAACCAGUCUUAAUGUCCAAAGAAUCUGGAUGUGGCUGUAACCUUAAUCGUGGGAAAGAUGGAAGUGUCGAUAAAGCGAAUUUCAUUGAUUCUAAUGACAUUGAACAAUGUCCUUUUGAGGAUGAAAACAAAGCUAGUAAGUACCUCAUCUCUGAACAGAUGAAUACAUUCGAUGAGAUGGUGUUAGUGCCAGCCGGGGAAUAUCAAGUGGGCACAGAUGAUAUAGCAAUAGAAAGUGACCAAGAAGGUCCGAAAAGAAUAGUGAAACUAGAAAGUUUUUACUUAGAUAAAUAUGAGGUUUCAAAUAAGAAUUAUGCUAAUUUUAUAAGCGAAACUAAUUAUAAGACUGAAGCUGAACAAUUUGGAGAUAGUUUUGUUUUCUCAGCAUUUCUGAAUAAUACAUUUAGAGAGCAAUUAAAGGAUUUCCGUGCUGUGCAAGCAAUGUGGUGGUAUAAAGUACUUGGUGCUGAUUGGAAGCAUCCACACGGGCCUGAUUCUGAUAUUCAAGAAAUAAUGGAUCAUCCAGUUAUUCAUGUAUCUUGGAAUGAUGCAAAAGCCUACUGCAAAUGGAAGGGUGCUCGGUUACCAACAGAGGCUGAAUGGGAGGCAGCAUGUCGAGGAGGCCAUCGUGAUACCAAGUACCCUUGGGGAGACAAGCUGUUCCCUGACAGAAAGCACAUGGCUAACAUCUGGCAAGGGACUUUUCCUACACAUAAUUCAGCCAAAGAUGGUUAUGUGGGCACUUGUCCAGUAGACAUGUUUCCUCCAAAUGACUUUGGACUAUACAACAUGGCUGGUAAUGUGUGGGAGUGGACUGAAGACUCAUGGGCUGGGAAAAAUCUGAAAGAAAAGGUGAAGAAGGGUGGUUCUUAUUUGUGUCACCUGUCCUACUGCUAUCGUUAUAGAUGCUCAUCACGAUCUCAUAAUACAGAAGACAGUUCUGCAGGAAACUUGGGAUUCCGAUGUGCUAAGUCUGCGUAA